GGGAUCCGUCUCGGCAUAGUUUGAUCUCGCGAGACGCCCUUGCUGUAGAGACUUGCUGUGUUGUGAUGAAGCCGGUAGUUGUUCUCUUCUAUCUAACGGUGAAGUCAGACCAGGACUGAAAAAUCAUUUCGAAACGCCGACUGUAGCAGAUUUAGCACCUGUCAGGAUCGCUGCUCCCGCAACUCCCUUUGACAUAAAAGGGGAGUAUGUGUGUGCAUCAAGCAGAAUACAUCUUCCAGCGUGUGCGUUCUUCCUCUUUUUUGAGCCAUGGCCACCUCUGGCAUUCUGGUGAAGCCUGUGAAACUCUUCUCAGAAUAAUGUUGUUUUACUAUGCAUGAUGGAAGGAAGUACCAGAUUGCACUCAGAGAUGUUAAUAACUGACUCCAUCACUACAUGCCUAUCUCCCCCAGUAUAUGACCUGAUUUGUAAACUUGGAUUUGAAGUAAAAGAAAGCCAUGAUAUCAACAGCAUUGUAUCUCAGUAUGGUGAAGUGUGCUGGAAAACAAUUGCUAAAUAUAUGUGCUAUACAGAUUCAGAAGGACAAAAUGUGGAUUACUUAAAGAGUGUGAGCCUCUUGGGUCCUGUAUGUGAAGCUGUUCACACUCAUAUAUGUUCCCUGAGUAAGGCACAGUUUGAAGUUCAAUAUGCUCCUUGGUUCCAGUGGACAAAUUUUUCAGAGCUAUUUCCUGAAAUAUUUGUUGCUCUGAAGAGUGCACAACCUGCAGCUGUUCCUCUGAGCUUAAUGAAACUAACAUCAUGUCUGGAGCGAGCUUUGGGUAAUGUGUUCUUAUUGAUUGGAAAGGAAUGUCCAUUUCUUUUAAGAGACUUGCUUGUAUCUAAGGAGCUUGCUGAAGUGUUUGGACAAUCUGUGAUGAAUAUACUCAGAGUAUUCAUUGGUUCUCCAUGUGGACUCAAUUUGCGUAAUAUUUUGUGGCAUGGAUUUGCAUCUCCUCAGGAAAUUCCUCCAAAAUAUUGCUCUAUGCUGGUAUUGUUGACAGCAGGAUUGGGACAACUGUUAAAAAUUUAUCUUCAGCGAACUAAUUUUAAAUUCGUACAUCGGCCUUUUCUAACUUUCACACAAUUAAAGGAAUUGAUAAUUUUCCCUGAUAUUAAUGAUGAAGUUCUAUCAGUAGUUGAAGAACUGAUAAAGAAAUCCACUUUUGUGUUGAAAAUCAUGAUUCCAUUUUGGGAAGCUGUAAUAAUGAAAUUCAGAUCACAUAGAUAUGCUGACUGUGUAAUACUAUUGCUGACACAACUGGAAACUGGACUCCGAAAAGUCUUUACCACAGUUAAUAAAUGUCCUAAAAGAUUUUUAACAGCGGAGUCUACAGCUUUUUACACCACCUUUGAUGAAAUAUUAGCAAAACAGUUGAGUGAUGAUGAAAUCAAUCAUCUUCCUCUUUUCCUUGGAGAACCUGCUAUGGAGUUUCUUUGGGAUUUCUUGAACCACCAAGAAGGCCCCCGUGUAAGAGAUCGCUUAAGCCAUGGGGAGAUCAAUGUAAAUGACUUUCCAAAAGAAGUUACAAAUCAGCUACUUGCCUUUUCCAUUGUACUCUUACUCAGAUUUGUUGAAGAAGAUGUUUUAUCAGUUUCUAAGGAGAAUGCAUCAAUCAAAAUUUUAAUAGACUGUGCAAAUUGCUAUUGUUCUAAGUUCCAUCCAGUUUCUCAGCUUAAAAAAAAGAUUCUAUACUGUGAGGAAAGCAUCACAAUAUGGUCUCAGCUUCCAUUAGUGCCAGUGGAACAAAUUCAGGAAGCAACCAGAUUAGGAAGCAAUUCUGAAACAAAUGAUUGUUAUCAUUUGAUUAUGAAAAUUUCCUCUGAGCUCCAACAUUAUGUGCCACAGGUUGACUGUAAUUUGAGUAAUUUACUGGAUAAUCCUCCCACAGCAAAGUGGUCUCUUUUACUUCAUGAUCUUUGUAGCAAACGUAUCCAAACUUUAUAUUGUCCGAGGUCUGUCCUUGAAGUCCUUGUUAUUCUUCAAAAAAUAAGUACACAUUGCCACCUGGUGUCUGAUCAAAUUAUUGCCACUACAGAAAUAAGAUUUAAGCAGUGGACACAAAAGACACUUCGGUCUCGCCAGAGGCAGAACUAUCUACGCAUGUUAAACAGUAUUAAGCUUUUGUCUCCAGUACUCCAGCUACUAUUAUUACUAAUCACACUGGAAUUGAUCAAUAUUCAUAUUGUUAAUGAAAAAAAUGCUUGUGAAUACCAACAGUACCUAAAGUUCUUGAAGUCAGUCUUGCAGUACACUGAGAAUUUGGUGACUUACUCUAACCAAGAAAAAAACAAAUGGGAUGAAUCCAUCAGUAUUACACAUCUAGUUUUAGUAAAAAUAUGGGCUUUUACUGACAAAAAGCAAAUGUUAAUACACUUAGCCAAGAAAUCCCCAAAUAAAAUUACUUUAUGAAAAUUC